UUAGCAAUUUCACGGCAGGCCCAAGUCCAAAUUGACGCCAAAACUGAAAGUCGGUCUUCUUCCACGCAAUCCCCCCCAAACACCACUGCAACGCUGCACCUCCACUCUUCCUUUCCCAACGCUUUUUUUACCUUUUUCGGUCUCCCUGCUCUGCUACGCUUUUACACUCUUUCUACUCCAUCUUCUCCGUCAAUCAAGCUACAUAAUCAUUAUACUAUACAUGUAUUUCGUCCUCUUUCAAGCGUCGAUUGAACAUACUGCGUAGCUUUGGUCCCCAUCGACUAGUCCGCUUCAAAAUCGCUGAUUUUUUUCCAGAAUUACUGUUUGGGGGUUGCUCCCAGAUUCGGAUUGUUAUUUGAGAUUUGGAGGUGCUGGUCUGCUUGCCUGGUAGUUUUAUUGAUAUGGCCAGAGGUAGGGGACAAGGGAGGCCAUGGCGUGGAAGAGGGUCUGGGGGAUCACUUAGAGGUGGAAGAACUACUGGAGCUCCUCGUAAUAGAGGGCCAUUUGAUCUGCAUGCUAGGCCAUCAUCUCACACUAUUGCCAAGUCUUUCCACAGAACAAAUAACUUGCCGUGGCAGGGCCUUAGAUCUACUGGGUUAUUGUCAGGAUUAGAUACUGGGACAAAGUUAUAUGUUUCCAACUUGGACAUUCUGGUUUCUAAUGAUGACAUAAGGGAACUCUUUUCUGAGAUGGGAGAACUGAUAAGAUAUGCGAUCCACUAUGACAAGUAUGGACGCACCAGUGGUUCAGCCGAGGUGGUUUUUGCAAGAAAAGGUGAUGCGAUGAAAGCAGUUAAGAGAUACAACAAUGUGCUGUUGGAUGGGAGGCCUAUGAAGAUUGAAGUAAUUGGCAACAAAGCAGAAUUUCCUCUGCUAACUGAUGUGAAAGUGGUUGGAGGUGUGAGUGGGAGACAAGUUCUCGUGAAUCAGGCACGCGGUCCUGCUUGGACAAAAGGUGCUGCCGGUGGUGGCGCUAUGCAGGGUUCUGGCCAAAGGGGUGGUGGGAGAUUGAGGAACAGACGUGGCCGACGCCAAGGUCGUGGAUGGAAGAAGGCGGCUGUUGACCAGUCAGCCGAUGACCUUGACAUCGAGCUAACUUGAGCGCAUAUUGUUGGUUCUGAACCCCCCUAAUAUAAGCUUCUAUAGCUCUAUAGGUGUAGCUUUGGUUUUAGUCACUUCUCAAAGAAUGCUGCUGCUAGAAUCAUUCUGCUGGUUGUAAAUUUGUUUUGUGAAGGAUUCUUCCCAGUACCAAACAAUGCUGUAGACAACCUUAUCUUAUGCAGUAAUGUUUAUACUAAUCUUCUUGUGUUA